AUGGUUAAGGAGGAGAAUGGUUAUGAGAUUAUGGAGAUUAAGAUAAUGACAGGCCGUAGUAAGCGGGGAGGGAAAAGGCAGACUAAGAAAAAAAACAACAAUUCCACAAGAGAAAAGGUUGUCGAACACAACCCUCCUCCAGUAGCAGAAGGGCUUUCAGACGAGAAUCAGACUGAUCAUCAUUCUGCAACAUCUCUGGAAUGUCAACCAUUGCCACCUGAUGAACUAUACUUCAAGAACACAAAAUUCACCAAGUCGUGUAAGAUACCGAGCAAAUGCUCAGUGAGCGGAACAGUGAACCUCUUGAAGAAGCUUACGCCCAAGGAUGAGUCGCCCGAGUUGGAUUGGUUCAAAAACCACCCUCAGUUUUGCCACAUUUUCCACAUGCCGGAUGAACCAAACUUGAGGCUGCUGGAUAGGCAUUUUGGCUCGCAUAAGGAGAUAACAAUGGAAUCUGUGAGAGAGAAGUUGCUGAGUAUGAGUGCGUGUGGGGAUCGACUCAGGAUGGCGGUGCUCUACUUCCUAGGCACGGUUAUCAGAGCGAAGGCAAGGUACAAUGCCCCAUUCGACUCUUUCAUUUUAAGAGUCGUCAACGAUGUGGAAAUUUCUCUGAAUGCACGAUUCAGAGAACGUGUAGCUGGCUGUUUCAGCUCCUGCCCGAGGAUGUGCAAGAAGCGGUUCCAAAGUAACAGCAUGAAAGGUUAUUCACUCCAGGAUUUGUACGACACGCUUGGAAACACUACGGUCUUUAAUAGUGUUUUGGUUCCAAGUGUUGAUGAGGAACCUCUCAUGGCACGUAUAUUGGAAGGGGAGUCAGACUAUGAAAAUGAAGGACAAGGACUCUAUGAGUUAGAUGUGGCUGCAAGGGAGUUUCCUAAGAAAAAAGACAAAGGAAAAGGGAAAGUGAAUGAAGAAGCAUCCUCCUCUGAUCAUGGUUUGGAGGAUGUUUUGAAAGAGGUUGAAGAGAGGUUGAUGGCUUCUUUGAGUGAAGUGAUUGUGAAGGUAGAGACAAUGGACAAUAAGCUUGGUGUGGUGGAGAAGAGCCAUGUUAUUUUAAAAAGAAGGUCUAAGAGGAUGAAAGCAAUGGAGAAGAGGCUUGAGGGCAUUGAGCGGACGCAAGAUCAUUUAAAACUGAAGGCCAAGAAGAAGAAGACAUUGGAGGAGAGACUUGAUGGCAUUGAGAAAGAAAUGAAUAAGCAUGAGAAAGAGAAGGAGAACGCUGAUAGUUUUGAGUACCAAACCUUGGAUACUUUCUGGAAUGAUGGGCGUUAUAACAGCAAUGGAGUGAACCCAACAGAUGAGAAAGUGAGUGAAGAAGAGGCUCAGAAGGAAGAUAAAAAUUUUGAGAAAGAGAAAGGACCUGAAGCUGAAGCUCAAGCUGAAGAGGCUCAGAAAAAAGAUAUAGGUUCGAGGAAGAGAAAGAAUCUGAGGCUGAAGCUCAAGCUGAAGAGGCUCAGAAAGAAGAUAAAGGUUCUGAGGAAGAGAAAAAACCUGAGGCUGAAGCUCAAGCUGAAGAGUCUCAGAAAGAAGAUAAAAGAGAUUGGAACAGAGAAGGCUGAAACGGAAAAGGAGGUUGAAACAGAAAAGGAGGAUGAGAAACUCGAGAAGGAGGCUGAAAAGGAACCCAAGGAUACUCCUACACUACCACGUGGUAGUACUAAGGCAGCCACGAAUAGAUCAAUAGCGGAAUGGACACCACGUACGAGAUUUGUUCUUUCGUGGGAUGAAGCGAAAGAGACACAACAACAGUGGACUCUUUCGCUUUGCAAGAGCAAUGAUGUUGGAGAUGAGGGAGCUCCUGGUGUUGAUGAGACGGAUGAGGGAGCUCCUGGUGUUGAUGAGACGGAUGAGGAAGCUCUUGUUGUUGAUGAGACGGAUGAAAGAGCUCCUGCUGUUGAUGAGACGGAUGAGGGAGCUCAUGCUGUUGAUGAGACGGAUGAGGGAGAUCCUGCUCGUAUUGGGGUGAAGCAUAGGCGGUGA